CUGGAGGGUUGUUGAGGUGAUUGGUGGUCGCUCUUAUGACACUCACAUCGAUGUCAACUAAUAAAGGCACCUAUAAGUUUAAACCACUGGUGUUCCACCCGGUGAGACCUCGGGGGAACCUUAAAGAUGGUACACCCUUACCAAUGCCAAGAAGUGGUCAUCGCAUUGUUUGCCAUGGAUUGUCUUUCUAUUCAUUUGGUGGUUACAAUCCCAAGAUAUCUACCAAUGAGUACUUGGAUGACACCUGGCAAAGAACUCAUCCAUUGUUCCAAGAGCUUUGGCAGUUCAAUACUGUGAGCAGUACAUGGACGAGAAUUGAGGGUACGGGUAGAAUGCCUGAAGAAUUAGCAUCUCAUUCAGCUGUCCAACUUGGGCCUAAUAUGCUUGUGUUUGGAGGAACAGCUAUGCCGUUUGGGGAUUCUUCGUCAGAUUCGUUGUAUAUGUGUCAUCUACCUACUGGUAAAUGGCAGAAAGUCCUCACAUAUGGAAAAAAGCCUGAUCCUAUGUAUGGGCAGGCUGUGUGUCUUAGUGAAGAUAAAUUGUACGUUGUGGGUGGUACCACUGGUUUCCAAUACAGUAUUGAUGUACACUGCCUAGACCUUAACCAAAGAGUAUGGGAACACCUCUCCCCUCGUGUUACAAGCCCAAAUGCCAAUCCAGAGGAGAGAUAUCGCCAUGAAAUAGUAGAGUUUGCCGGAGCGCUGUAUGUGUUUGGUGGAGGAAGGUCAGAUGCAGCAUGUGGCCUGACACACCUACCAACUUUCUUGCUGUCUGAGCGCUUGUGGGUCAACACUCAGACACGACCAGAUAUUCAUAGUGGAACAUAUCCCCAGCCUAGACGAUGUCAUGUUGCCAGUAGAAUAAAUAACUAUGUUUACAUCCAUGGUGGUUAUAAUGGUGUAGAAGCAUUUGCUGAUCUUUGGAGACUGAAUCUGAUUUCAUUUGAGUGGCAAAAAUUACCAUGCAAAUCACCAGUACCACUCUACUUUCAUUCGGCAGCUGUAACAGAGGUAGGAACUUUUUAUCUUUAAAGAUAGAAAUUUGUGUGAA